AUGGGAUCAUCAAUGACAAGAGGCGAUAUUGAAAGUCUUGCAACAGACUUUUAUGAUCUGCUAGAAUCAUUCAAACACGCACCUUUUUAUCAUAUAUCAUUUGAAAUCUUCCUUGUUUUGGCGGUUAUAUGGCUGGUGUUCUUUCGUAAACCACGUCCCAUUGAAAAGAAAUUAACCGAACGAGAAAAACAAGAAUUAAUCGAUGAAUGGCAACCUGAACCAUUAGUUCCACCUGCGGAUCCUAAUCAUCCAGCAUUGAACGUACGAGUAUUAGAUGGUAUUGUGGGUAAAACUGUGGAAAUCGAUGGAAAGAAAAGUCUCAAUUUUGCAACAUUUAAUUUUUUGAAUUUUGUUGGCAAUUCACGUAUUAGUGAAAAAGCGAUACAAGCUGUACAAAAGUAUGGCGUUGGCUCUUGCGGACCACGAGGAUUUUACGGCACUAUUGACAUUCACCUUGAACUUGAAGAACGACUGGCGAAAUUUUUCAACUGUGAAGAAGGUAUUAUUUACUCAUAUGGAUUCUCUACCAUUGCAAGUAUUAUCCCUGCGUAUUCAAAACGUAAUGAUAUUUUAUUUGUUGACGAGGGUGUUCAUUAUGCUAUCCAAAAAGGAGUUGAAGCAUCACGCAGUCAUGUGAAAUGGUUCAAACAUAAUGAUAUCCAAGAUCUUGAACGUUUGUUAGCUGAACAAGAUGUUCUCGAUAAGAAAAAUCCGAAGAAAGCUCGAACUAUUCGACGAUUUUUAAUCAUCGAAGGUUUAUAUGUCAAUUAUGGUGACAUUUGUCCAUUACCUCGAAUGGUUGAAUUGAAAUACAAAUACAAGUACCGAAUAUUCAUCGAUGAAAGUGCGUCGUUUGGUACCAUUGGACAAACAGGCCGUGGUGUCACUGAAUAUUAUGACAUCGAUCGACAAAAAAUUGAUUUAAUUUCAUCAACAUUAGAAUAUUCGAUUGGUUCGAUCGGUGGUUUUGCCGUUGGUAGUUCGUUCGUUGUCGAUCAUCAACGUUUAUCUGCUCAAGGCUAUUGCUUUUCAGCUUCGCUACCACCUCUUCUUGCCGCAGCAGCUAUUGAAGCGUUAAAUAUCAUGGAAGAAGAAAGUACGCCUUUGUUCGAAACAAUUAUGUCGAAAAGCAAACGUUUACACAAGAAACUAUUAUCCAUUAAAGGUUAUAGUGUUACGGGAGAUGAAAUAUCUCCUUUAAAACACCUUCGUUUAGCCAAUGCAUUGAAUACAAUUGGACGUUUAGAAGAAAUUGUUCAAUUUGCUCAAACACGUGAUAUUACAAUUACUGUUGCAAGAUAUUUAACCGAUGAACAUCUUUUGCCUGAGCCAUCCAUUCGUCUGAUACUAAAUGUUGAAAUGAAUGAUGAGGAACUGGAAUUUUUGUGCACCGUUCUCCAAGAGGCACUUGUCAAAGUCACAAGUUAG